GACUGAAUUGCACGGAAUCCGAAACCGAAACCGAAACCGAAACUAAGCAAAUAAGUUUCAAAACAGAGAGACAUGAAUUUGGCCGGCAAGAAUGUGGUUUACCUUGGCGGAUUUGGCGGCAUAGGCCAGAAAUGUGUGCAAGAGCUGCUCCAGCGGCAAAUAAAGUCGCUGGCCAUAUUUGAUUUAACAGAAAAUACCCAAAUGUUGGCUGAAUGGAAGAGCAACAAUCCCGACACGGAUAUAUUCUACCAAAAAGUGGACAUUACCCAGAAGUCGGACAUUGAGGCGGCCUACAAGGCCACCGCCGAGAGAUUGGGUCACUUUGAUGUGGUGGUCAAUGGCAGUGGACUAAUGAACGAUCGCCUGAUCGAUCUAACCAUACAAAUCAAUUUGCUGGGUGUUAUCCACAGCACCCUGACUGCCCUGGAGUACAUGGACAAGUCCAAGGGUGGCCAGGGUGGAGUCAUUGUGAAUAUAUCCUCGGUGGCUGGACUACAGCCCACGGCUUUAAUGGCCAUUUACUCGGCGGCCAAGACAGGUGUUACCACUUUUACCCGUGCUUUGGCUAAUCCCAUUUACUAUGCCCAUUCUGGCGUUGGAUUUAUUACCAUUUGUCCAGGAUUCACGGAUACUGGUCUCCUGGAUGAUAUAGGCAACAAGACAACCUUUGAAUAUGAGACUCCCAUGGUGGCCAUGUUCAGCAAGGUGAAGCGUCAAAAGGCAGAGGAUUGUGCCCGGAACUUGGUCCAGGCCAUAGAAACAGCCAAAAAUGGAGCAGUCCUGAUGCUAGAGCUGGGCGAGAUCCAUGAUGUGGAUAUGCCAGACUUGUGGAAGCCACAGUUGGAUGUUUAAAUAUAUAAUAUAUAUCCCCCUUUAUAUAUAAUCUCAAGUGGUUGGUAAUAAAUAAAUAAAAUAAAAU